CCAGCUCGAGCUCCGAGACCCAGAAGGCCGUACGCCGCUUAUGCUUGCGGCCAGGAGAAGCCUUGCCGGCACAGAGCUGCUGCUCCGGGACGGGGCGGACGUCGGCGCCUGUGACGGGCAAGGGUACACGGCCUUGGCCAUGGCGGCCUGCCUUGGCGAAGCCGGCACCGCGGCGCUGCUGGUCAAGCAUGGUGCAAGGCUGGAUGCUGUCAAGUUCAAACAGUCGGUGGAGGAGGGCGGGCCGGACAAGGAGGCGGCAGGCAAUGACGGCCGUCUAGUUGCUCCUUGGGGGUUGGCAAUGGACUGUCCCUCACCCAAAGGCGUCGAGACUCUCAUCGACCUUGGCAUGAACGUCGACCUCGUGGGCACACACCCGGAUGAUGCGGGCCGGCUGGAGACGCCGCUCGUCGCGGCUGUGCGUACUCAGCAGCCGCUGAUAGUCGAAAUGCUAGUGAGACGAGGCGCGAGCCUAGCAAGGGCGUUCAGCUGCAAUCCUGGGCUGCUUGAGUUUUGCAGGCAGCGGAGCGGUGACGAUGCUUUCAGGAUCCUCGAUCUCCUGGUCAAGCAUGGGGCGGCCGAGCUCGAUAUCCAAAGAUGACAAGAGCCCUGCUAGCCAGAUCGUGCAGUCAAGUGGUCAUAGUAUUGCACCUGCUCAGUUUUAGGCGGCCUAUCACACGAAUCUUCGGUUUCUGGGACAGACAGGCUCGUAGGUAGAACUUCCAGCUCACGCUUGUAGACUUGAUCGCAAUAAACAUCAUGGAGGUAUA